AUGAAUCCGUCGGCUCUGGCCGCGAAAAAUGGUGAUUCAACAACGUUGCACAGUUCACAAUGUGACAGCGAAGACUUUCUACGACCGUCCACGUCUGAACGGUCGAUUUUCAAAAAUUUAACCACCAGUGAACUUUUAAAGUAUCUUUUAAGUGCGCGAAUAUCUCAAGACACAUCUAAUGCAUCUAAUGAGACUAAGAAGUGUGAGUCAUCUCAGGAGACUGAGAUGAUUUUACAACAUGGAUGUAUGACUAAACGCACUUUUUGUUCGAGUUCGGAUGAAUUUUGGUUAGGUAGUGAUAAUAUCAGAGAGGAUUUCAGUUUCAGUUCCGCUUUAAUACCGUUCGAUAAAAAUGGAACAAUGGACAGACAAAGUAGCGAAAAUAGCGAAAAUAAUGACCAAAGUCACCUGUGCGAUGAAGAAGUACAAAAAUUCGAAAGACAAGAUAGUGCAGAUACGGUUCAAAGUUACGGAGGAGAUAGUUCCUGUUCGUUGGACUUUAUUUUACGUAUUCAAUCACCUUUUGACGCCGAAAAAGAAAUCGACAUUACGAAUACGGAAUUCAGUGAAAAUGUUGAAUGUGGUGAAAUUAGUGCAGAAUCGACGGAAAUACCACAAUCCUCGUCAACCACCGACAGAAAAGUGCUAAACGAAAAUUUCGCAGAAUGCUCAACAACAGGCCUCGAUGAAACGGUUUUAGUUCCUUCAGAUCCAUUGGAAUGGACCACCACCCACAUAAAAGCAUGGUUAGAAUGGUGUACUAGGAAAUUCUCGUUACAUCCGAAACCGGACCCAAAUAAAUUUCCCGGAACUGGUCCCGAAAUAUGUGAAUUAAAUAGAAUCGAAUUUGAAGAGAGGGCCGAUAGCUCUAGAUCAGGAAAAAUUCUUGCCAAAUACAUAGCAUACCUUCGACACAGUGUAACGGGAAGAGCGAGCAGUCCGUUGAAUGUAGAAUGUAAAGAAUUUGAGGAUGAUACUGACGACGAUGAACAAGAUCCUUAUCAACUGUUAAACGCAGCUACGAGUCGAUUGGUAGCGCAAGGUUCGGGUCAGAUCCAACUGUGGCAGUUUCUUCUCGAACUGCUCAACGAUUCGUCGAACGCCGCUUGUAUCACGUGGGAAGGCACCAAUGGGGAAUUCAAACUCACCGAUCCCGACGAGGUAGCCAGGAGAUGGGGAGAGAGAAAAUCAAAGCCGAACAUGAACUAUGACAAACUCAGUCGAGCUCUUAGGUAUUACUACGACAAGAAUAUUAUGUCAAAAGUCCAUGGUAAAAGAUACGCAUACAAAUUCGAUUUUCAAGGUUUAAUGGUUGCUUGUCAAGCUCAAGCACAAGGCCAAGGAGAUGUUCUUCCCACUUACCACAAGUAUCAACCGCAUCAGAGCGAUUUAGGCGCUGCGUUGUAUCAAACCGGUCACCCAACCAAUCACAGAUUACCCAGUAUUUUACCAACUACUACUCAACAUUCCCAAACAGGACUCUUCCCACCACCCAGUUAUUGGCCCUACUCUCCAGGAACGUUCGAUCCUAGAGGUGGACAUUUUAAUUGAAGAUAUUAGUGAAUUACGUUCAUUAUAUGUUCAGAUAGUCUAUUAAACAUCCGAAACAUUUUUUUUAUACCAUAUCAUCGUCUUCGAUAUUGAAAAACCAAGGCGAAAAUAUGAUUAUAUUUUUACUACAAUCUACAUUGAUGGUAAAGCUUUUUGUGUCCAGUAUAAAAGAUAAUAUAAUUAUCAGUACGCUGAUUAUUGAAUAAGAAAUCUACUGAACUGUAGGUCUAAAUCUGACCUAAACUUUACUACUAUCAAAAAAUAAAUCUGAGGAAGAAUAAAGAUGUAGAAUUUAUGCAAUAUUAAGAAGGGUACUUUUCUAUAAUACACCAGCGGAGAAGCUGAUACAAACGUGAAGAAAUAUAUAUCUCAUCAGAUAACUUCUAAAUAAUAAUUUGAACAUCAAUAAAGUGAAUAGUUUAUAAGCCGUUUUGCGACAAUAUAUAGACAACCAAGAUUACUUACACAUCAUGAGUACUUCUUGGAAACUAUACUUGCGUGCAUAGAAAUCGGCCCACUAUAAACUUUUGACUGCAACUAUAUUUUUUUUCAAUUAUUCAUCAGAUCAAAAAAACAUGCUGUUUUGAAAGACAACAAACUUAUUUCGAUUCCAUAUAACAUAGUGAAAUUAAUGCAUUAAGCAAAUUAGGCUUUUUUAUUAUUAACAUAAUGGGGUUACUGACAAUUUAAAAAAAAUUGAUUUCUUAUAAAUUCGUAGGAGCUCCUCUUGCCCUAAUAACAUCUCUCAUACGAUCUAAUCAAGUUAGCAAUUGUUUCUUGUGGGAGGUUAAGAUGUUGAGCUAAUCUUCUUCUACGGCAACAAUAAGCUCUGGGAUCGAAUUUGGAGUAGGCAAUUUAGCUCGAAUUCUAUUUUUAGCUUAGGUCAGGAAUGUAACCUGAAAACCGACUUCUGCAUUGUAAUCUUGCACGAUUCUGGCGGUGUGCGGCCUUGCAUUAUCAUGCAUAAACCUCUUCUUCCGUGAACAAGGUCACCCCUACAAAGGAAAACAGGUUCAGUUCGUCCUCUCGUAGAAAAUGCACCACAGAUCAUGCAGGAACCAGCUCCAUAAGAUCUUCAAAGAAGUAAUCUCUCUUGGUAUUCAGUAUACUUUCCUUCUUCAGUCGCCACCAUGGAGAUAUAUUCUGGUCUCAUCUGAUAACAGAACUGUCGAAGAGCUAGAGUAAGUUUUGGACUAAUCGCAGGUGUUUUAGGGGUAAUUUUAUUUUCCUUCAGUCUUCGUCUUACUGUUCACUAAAUAAUAGUCAAUCCUCGCACCUCAUGGAGCUGUCGUUGCACUUGGACGGCAUUAAGGUGACGAUUUCUUAACGUUCUUGAUACAAUAAAGAGGAAAUCACGAGCGGUUGUCAAUCACCUUCAGCCUUUUCCAGGUCGCUUAUGAAGGGAUCGAAUCUCCUCAUAAUGUUAGAACACUUCUCGAACCCAGCGCGGGUCAUAUCCAAUUGACUAGCAACAGCUCGCUGACCAAGUCCAUUUUCGAUUAAAGCAAUAACUUGGGCAGCUUUUUGUGGUGUAGUAUGCAUUAAACUAACACAAUCGAAUGUUAUUUAGAUUCUAAAUGCAAAAUUUCUUUUUUUGAUCUGAUGAAUAAUUUAAAAAUUAUAUAUCUAGUUAAGUGUAUGAUAGGAUGGACCAGAUCAUGAUCAGAAUGUUUGGGAAACUAACGAGGAUCACGUUCAUUGUUAUUCAGAAACUGCUCGAGUUUAUCGGGUCGUAGUCAUAUGAUAUGAUCUUUCUACCUUGGUGGGUAAAUACGAUAAGGGUUGUUUCGUUUGUUAAUGUUUUUAUUUCAACUUUACAAAUUAUUAAUUCCCACUGAUAUGGUAGUCGUUGAUUAUUUCUUAUGAGCAGCAUAAUUGAAAUAUAAUUUGCUCAGUACCAUAUGGAACAACAGAAUAAGUAUCACGGCAAAAUUAAUGUCCGAAAAAAGGUUUUUGCAGAUCAUGUUUUAUGCAAUUUCCAUUGAAAAUUGAACGCAACUAUCUCAUUCUGGGCUAGAAUUCGCAAUCAGCUGAUCUACAUAAUUUCCGAAAAAGCUCUAUAAUACAUCAUAAUACAUUUCGGAUUUUUGUACUUAAUUGGAUGAUUUCUAAACAUAUUGUGAAAGUAUUAUGAAAUUUUAACUGUUGUAAUGAACAUUAUAUGUUCUAAUUUUUUUAUGUUAUAAUCUUUUUUUGUACAAGUACCGUUAAAACAAAAAUAUUGAUUGUUGUACUUAUAGAAAUAAAUAAGUAG